AUGCAUCGAUGUUUUUGCAGUGGAGGAAGAAACGUCGAACUGUACAUGAAAGAUGCUGUGAACAUUGUUACGUUCGAAAGAUCGUUGUUAACAUAUCGAGAUGGGUUCUUUGGAAAUAUUUUUGGGAUUAUGAGGAUCAGACCACCUGGAGUGAAGAAACUCUGGGGUCGUGCAGGUUCAGAUGGGUUAUGCCUAUACGAAGUCGUAGAUCUAUUUCUUCUUAAUUACCGUAAAAAGCUGCCCGGAAGAUACGGCUUCUAG